UACUCGGCUCAAAGCCACUUAAGAUUACUCUACUUCUGCAAGACCAGUAUAUAAACUGGGAGCCGCAGGCUGUUAAAAUCAUAGUUCGCAAUCGUUCAUUGAUUUAACCUGAGUAGAUCAAGGCGAUAAAAAUGUAUCGCUACCUUCAAGCAAUUUUGUGUUUAUCUUUGGUCAUAUUUCUGGUCAGUGGGUUACCACUGACCAAUGAUCAUGCUGAAGAGUUGAGCGGAAAUUUCGAAGGUGAUAUGGUUCUCUCCAAUGAACAGCGAUCUUCUUUGAACAUUAAUCGCAACGGAUUGUUGGAUGAAAAGUACCGCUGGCCAAAUAACACCGUUCAAUACAAAAUCAUUCCGGAAAACUUAACUUCUGAACAAAUUGACUAUAUUCACAAGGCGCUCAACACAAUAGCUAACGUAUCUUGUUUAACGUUCGUGGAAGCUGCGCCAGAUGCAACUUCGUAUGUUAGAGUUGUUGGCGACACUACGGGUUGUUUUUCCAAAGUUGGUUUCACUGGAUCCAUCCAAGAUUUGAACCUGGCACCAAAUGUACUAGAGCAGGGCUGUUUCCGACUUGGUACGAUCAUUAAUGAGUUCCUCCAUGCCUUAGGAUUCUACCACAUGCAAAGCGCCAGUGACCGUGAUGACUACGUAACUAUCGUGUGGGAAAACAUUCAACCGGGAAGGGAGCAUAACUUCGAAAAGUACGCCAGUACUGAAAUCAGUAGUUUUGACACAGGUUACGAUUAUGGAAGUGUUUUACACUACCCAGCUACCGCUUUCAGCGUGAAUGAGGAACGCACGAUUAUCCCGAAAGAUCCUAACGCUACCAUCGGACAGCGUAAAGGUAUGAGUGAGAAGGACAUUGCUAAGCUUAACCACAUGUACAAAUGUGAUGGUUCAAUAAAUAAAAAUCAUUGA